CGCUGUGCCUCUUUAUCUUUGCUCGUCUCUCCCGCCCGCCGUCCGCUUCCUCGCUCGACCUCUUCGCCUCCAUCACGCGCGCAGCUCCCGUCGCUUCACCCGCGCCAUCGCAUCUCUUCUGGUUGCGCACGGUGCUCGUGCUGCUGCCCGUGCUCGUGCCGGCCGCUCGACGAAGAAACUAGGCCUGAACCUCUGAUACCCCACACCACGACUGAGCUUCGCAACGACAUUGCCGUACUGCUGCCCGCGCACCGCACCUCGGACCAAGCACUCCACCAUGAACCCGCAACCCCAGCCCUUCGUGGGCCAGGGACGCGUUGCAACCUCCCGCCCGCCCAAUGCCUCCAGGCUAUCUGGCGAGUUCAGGUCGCCGCUCAAUGGCCACGCUGCCUCAAAUCCCGCCGCCGUCGCCGCCGCUGCGGCGUCCACGAAUGGCCACGCGCCCCUCGCCGUCCCCCCGCCGCGGGCGCCGUCCAUGCCGAACGGCAACCACCCGCCGGGCUUCGUCGGCGCCCGGAGCCCUCCCCAGCAGAAGAACACAUCGCACGUGCCGUGCAAGUUCUUCCGCCAGGGCGCCUGCCAGGCCGGUUCUGCGUGUCCCUUCCUCCACGGCGAAACGCCCCAGCCGUGCAAGUACUUCCAAAAGGGCAACUGCAAGUUCGGCCUCAAAUGUGCAAACGACCACAUAACGCAAGACGGACGGCGGGUCAACAAGCCGGGUGGAUAUGUCAUGGGCCCUGUUGGGCCUCUGCACCUGGGUGGUCGGGUCAUGCCGCCGCCGACCGGACCAGCGCCUGCGAACUCGCUGCUCACCAUGCAUCAGGACCAAUUCGCCCAGCCCCAGCCCAUACCGGGCGCCUCCUCUGCACUGGACUAUAUGAACAGAGACAUGUGGCGCACCGAUGGCGGCUCCGGAAAUCCCGUUCUUGACUCCAACUUCAGCUCGUUGCCCAAGUCCAAUUACGGUUCUCCCACCCUGGACUCAAACCUGUUGAUGUCGCCCUCGCUACGAGGGAUCGGCACUACCGCUGCGAACGCUCAGCUGCCCGCCUCUUUCGACAGCCAGGGCAUAUCUAAAUAUGCCCGCGACGGGCCAUUUGCAGCCUCCGUGCCCUCUCGCUUCGGGCUUGACUCCUCUCCACCAUCUCGACCGUUCGAGUCAACUGCCCUGCGCAACCUGCACAAUUCCGCCUUCGGCGACGAUCCUGUACCUGCCGUGUCGACUACCAAUCUGUCCAAUGGGCGGAGCCUGUUCACCAGCGGCGCUACAGGCAGCCUUCUGCCCUCGUCGCCACCUGCUGACGAGCUCUUGGGCCGUCGCAUCUUACAUUCCGAACGCUAUUCACGCAACAGUAGCACGCGCAUGCUGUCCGCCAGCGUAGGCGCUCGCCCGCCCAUUGACGAGUGGGACGACACGUUUGCGCUCGAAGAGGAGAUGGUGCCUAACAGCCUACAUGACCUGCUUACUCCCGCCGAGAAGGCCCGCCGCUUCUCGCGCUCUGCCGACGACGAACUAAGGCCCGCCCUAUCCGGGCUAGGCACGCCCGCCGAGGCCACCUCGAAGGUUGGAUCACCCUCUACGGCGUCGCCCAGCCGCUUUGGCGCCUUCUUUGCCGGUCGCAACAAGGAAAGCACAAUGGCUUCCGCAGUCGGCGAUGCCAGCCCAUUUGGUCCCGUUGGCUCGCCGCUCAAGAACUCAACGCUGAACCAGGGCGCAUCGCCGAGCCUACGCGCGACAGCCAAUGCGCGUCCUCUCUCCGGCGAUCUCGGCAGUUCAAUCGCGAGUCCACCGCGCCAGGCCAGCAUGAGCAUGAUCUCACAGCAGCUUCAGCGCACCCGGCUCUCGGACCGGGUUGCCGAGUCGCAGGCCCAGGGCGCUCUCCAACAGCAGCAGCUGGUCGGCUCGCCGUCCGCUCUGCCUCAGCUGCAGCAUCCUGGCAUCACACGCGUGGCCUCUGGCUCCUCGUCUUCGAUCUCUAUGCCACCUUCCUCCGGUGCACCUGCGCCGCCUCCCGUCGGCCGCCUCGAUCGUGCUGUGUCUGGCAGCAGCAACGUCGGCCGAGAGAAGAUUGACGAGGAGCCCGAGGAAUUGUUCAGCAUGGACGAGCUCGGCAAGACGGACGACAACGCUGUCGGUGGUGGCUCCUCUUCGGCGACUGGCGGUGCACUCAAACGCAACUCGGGCGGCGCCUGGGCGCAAGGCAAUCCGUUUGCACUCGGCAAAGCGAGCCCCAGGCUGGGACCCAUUGGCGGCCAGAGGACCGCUGCCAAGCCAAUACCCCGUAAGACGACGGGGGGAUCAGGUGAAGACUAAUUUGUGCUGCCAACAAUAGCCGUGAGUUUUGCAUCUGCAUAAGAGCGUGGAUUACUUAUGUUACCUUUUUUCUCGAGAAGGGACAGCUUAUGCUGUAUCUCUUCGGAUCCAAAUCAUCCGAGUCAAUUUCUUUCCUUGGGCCGGCUAGGUUGCAUCAUUGCAUUUCUCUCAGCGAUUGGCUAUCUGGCGUUUUUUUUUUUUUGGCUCCCUCUU